AUGACAUACGACAUUGCGGAAGCUGCAUCCAUGGGCGUGUCAGCUUGGCAAUAAUAAAACUGAUGCGUCCAGCAGAAGUUUUUCUGUGUCGGGAAGACUUUCGAGCACUUAAGGUCUGCAAGACAAGCGACUGUCAGUAAGUCAUUCUGUUUGAGAAGACACAAUGGCAUCAUCUACUCCUCUAUCGAAGGCCAACACCUCCUUCUGUCUGGCUUUGUUCAACAAGCUGAGUGAUGACGACAAGACCGGCAACAUCUUCUUCUCCCCCUUUAGCAUCUCUUCAGCCCUGGCUAUGGUGAUGCUGGGGUCCAGAGGCAACACAGCUGCACAGAUGUCAGAGGUCCUCUGCUUCACUGAGGCAGAGAAGCCACGACAUGCAGGAGCACAACAACAGAUGCAGAUGCAGCAGCAGGCCCAGUUCAGACUGCCACAGCAUCUGCGGAAGUGCCUGAAAACCAAAGAUUUUGAGGAUGAUGUUCACGUCAGCUUUGCCAAACUGCUGAGCGAGCUCAACAAGGCAAAUGCUCCGUACGCCCUCAACGUCGCCAACAGGCUGUACGGAGAACAGUCCUACCAGUUUGUUAAGGAUUUCUUAGUAAACACCAACAAGCACUACAACGCAGCGCUGGAGUCUGUGGACUUCAUAAACAGCUCAGAGGCAGCACGGCUCAACAUCAACAGCUGGGUAGAGAAACAGACCCAAGGUAAAAUUAAGGAUGUGCUGGCGCAGGGUGUGGUGGACGACAUGACCAGGCUGGUGUUGGUCAAUGCUAUCUACUUCAAAGGCAACUGGAACAAGCAGUUCAAGGAGAGCGCCACGCAAGAUGCUCAGUUUAGAAUCAAUAAGAAUGACACCAAGCCAGUGAAGAUGAUGCAGCAGAAGACUAAGUUCCCUUUAACCUACAUCCCUGAAGCCAACUGCCAGAUCCUAGAGAUGCCUUACAAACAGAAGGAGCUGAGCAUGCUCAUCUUUCUACCCAAUGAAAUAGAGGACAGUACAACAGGUCUGGAGAAGCUGGAGAAGGAGCUAACCUAUGAGAACUUUGUAGAGUGGACUCGACCGGACAUGAUGGAUGAAGUUGAGGUCCAGGUGGGGCUGCCGCGGUUCAAGAUGGAGGAGAAGUAUGACAUGAAGAACGUCCUGAUCAGCAUGGGCAUGGUGGAUGCCUUCGACAUGGCAAUGAGUGACUUCUCUGGCAUGUCUCCUGCCAACGACUUGGUACUGUCAAAAGUGGUCCACAAGGCUUUCGUGGAAGUCAACGAGGAGGGAACUGAGGCUGCCGCUGCCACUGCUGCUGUCAUGAUGCUGCGCUGUGCCUUGCGUCCAGCCACCUUCAUCGCAGACCACCCCUUCCUCUUCUUCAUCCGACAUAACCCCUCCAUGAGUGUCCUGUUUGCUGGCAGAUACUGUUCUCCUGAGUAAGCCCUGCAUCAACUGGAGCGGAGUUAAAAUACAUCUCUUAUUAAUGAUAAUAUUAACUACUGGAAGAAUGUUGAGAAUCACCACUCUAGUUUCUUGAGUUGCUCUGACUCCCGUCCUACAUUUUGAACACCAGAAUGAUGAGUAAAAUCUAUGCUGGUGAUUUUUUUUUUUUUUUUAACUGUGGCUUGCAUCGCCUCUUACAUGAGUGACUUUGCGUUCAUUCUCUGCCUUCCUGAACGUUAGGUUCUUGCACUGUUUAUCUUUUGCACCUAAAUGUCUGAAACGCACGUAUGGCCCUAUUUGCUGCACCCUUACACCCUACCCAUGUUUAUCUAUACCAUUAAAGUCUGGUUUAUCUUAUCUUACACUUUACACCCUUUGAAAGAAUUUGCCUUUGUGUCUGUUAUGCCUCAUUUUUUUUCGACCUCCAGCUGUACGUUUAUACCAUGUGCCAGUGAGACAGCUGCAAGAUUCUCUGCACUUUUCAUCUUUUUAUAUAUUCGGUUAACCAAAGAGAAUGAAGUGGUGAAAUCACAUUGUCAGAUAGGUAUGUCCUUGGACAUUAUUAGAAAUGUAAUCAAGUGCAGUUACAUGUAAAUGUACCAUCUUGCAUAUAAGAAAAAUAGACUAUAAAGAGCUUUCAUGAAGCUUUGAAUUAGUUAUUUUUCUGCAUGCUUGUGCUUUUACAUUUGGAAUAAAUGUGUGUGGUUUGCAAA